GCAGGAGGAAUCUGACUGUCCUUUGCUACUUUCUGUCUUGUCUUACUCAACAGCAGUUAAAGCCAAAGAUGUGAAGGCACUCUCACCCGUGAUGGUAAUAAUGGUGAUCAUUUUCUUGGUGCUUCUGUUCUGGGAAAAUCAGGUGAAUAAUGAAGUAAUGAUAUCAACCUUAGAACACUUGCAUGUGGACUACCCUCAGGAAGGUGUUCCCGUUCCGGCAAGGUACUGCAACCACAUGAUCAUACAAAGAAUCAUCAGGGAGCCCGACCACACUUGUAAAAAGGAGCAUGUCUUCAUCCAUGAGAGGCCUCGAAAAAUCAAUGGUCUUUGCACUUCUCCCAAGAAGGUAGCUUGUCAAAACCUUUCGGCCACUUUCUGCUUUCAGAGUGAGACAAAAUUCAAAAUGACAGUCUGUCAGCUCAUUGAAGGAACAAGAUACCCUGCCUGUAGUUACCGCUAUUUCCCCACAGAGGGGUUUGUUCUUAUCACUUGUGAUGAGUUGGGGCCAGAGAGUUUCCAGGGCUAUGUUAAAUAACUCAAGAUCAGUGCCGGAGAUUGAGCUCUCUUUUCUCAAUGGCAUUGGAGCUGGCUGUCCCUGAGGCAGACCUGAACAUGGACAUGGGGCAAUGCCUUGAGUGGAAGGGGAAGUCACUGAAUUUUGGGUGUUACCAGGUAAACUGAGCCCUCAGCAUCUGAAUAGAAACUGAACAGGAACAG